ACGAGGAAGGCCAAGGACCGUAAUCUCUGAUGAGAUCCGAGCCACUUUGGUUGAUCAUGUGGUCAACCAUGGUCUAACAAUGAGGGAAGCUGGGCAAAGAGUACAGCCAAAUUUGAGCAGGUACACUGUAGCAUCCAUCAUCCGGACUUUCCGAAAUGAGAAUAGAACUGAAAGAUUACCAACACGAGGUGGUCGGGAACGUCUUCUGUCUCCUGAACAGGAAACUGAAAUAAUCAACAUGGUCCUAGAAAAUAACGCCAUAACCUUACGGCAAAUACAAAGAAAAAUCCUAGAAAACAAUGAGAUGUUUCAAAAUAUUGAUAGGGUAAGCUUAUCAACACUGGACCGUGUCUUGCGCAGAAAUAAUCUGAGGAUGAAGCAGGUCUACAGGGUGCCAUUUGAACGCAAUUCAGAAAGAGUCAAAGAAUUGCGACAUAACUAUGUGCAAAGAGUCCUCGAGCUAGAGGUGGCUGCAGUGGAGCACCAGUUCAUCUUCAUUGAUGAGGUUGGAUUCAACCUCACAAAAAGACGAAGGAGGGGAAGGAAUAUCAUUGGCCAGCGUGCCAUUGUUGAAGUCCCUGGCCAGCGCGGAGGGAACAUCACAAUGUGUGCAGCGAUUACCCACCAAGGCGUCAUCCAUCACCAUGCUACCCUUGGCCCCUACAACACUGCCCAUCUGAUCACGUUCCUGGACACCCUACACAACACACUCAUUCCACCAGAUCAGGUAGAUGGCCCAGAGCAGCUCAGGUAUGUUGUCAUUUGGGACAAUGUAAGUUUCCACAGGGCUGCUCUGGUUCAUAACUGGUUCACUGCCCACCCACGCUUUUUAGUCCUUUAUCUCCCUCCAUAUUCUCCAUUCCUCAAUCCUAUUGAGGAAUUUUUUUCUGCCUGGAGAUGGAAAGUAUAUGACAGAAAUCCACAAACGCGUAUACCUUUUCUCCAAGCUAUGGAAGACUCAUGUGGAGAUAUAGCAGCUGAUGCUUUUCAUGGCUGGAAUCGCCAUGCUAGGCGAUAUUUCCCCCGCUGCUUGGCCAAGGAAAACAUUGCUUGUGACGUGGAUGAGGUGCUGUGGCCAGACCGAAACAGAAGAGAGGAUGCAGCAUAGUUUUUUUUUUUUUGUUUUUGUUUUUUUUACGGUAUUAUUUUAUGUAACUGUAUACAGUAAAUUCUUCUGUUUUGUAUGUAGACCACUGUAUGUGAAACUUUGUGUUGGUUUGGAAUGGGCUGUACACGGUGUACAUUGUUUUUGUGGGAAAAAUAAAAUGUAUUUGUUACCGUGUAUUUGUGUUUUGAGUAUAAGUACAAUAUUCUCAAAUUCUUUUACAACACACUUAUGUACG